AUAGAGGCGGUUCGACUGUCAGCUGUGUUCCCUGUUCUCUUCAAAAGUCGGCUGUUGUUGCUCUGAGUCCAAUGGAGAGAGCGGCAGUGGUUGUGUUUAACCUGAGGAGUGUGCUCCGCGGUGCCGGGGGAGCGGAUCCUCUCUGCGUUUGACGGCAACCGCAGCGCAAGUUCGCUCCUUUGUGCACUUUGGCAUCGAUGUGUUUCGGGUAUCCUUGGAGCCGGCGCCAGAGUGUUUUCAAACCCCGUUCAACACGCACACAACCUCGCUUUCAGUAUUUCUUUGUCACACACUGAGGCUUCGAGCGUUUUAUGGAUGCCCCGACCACCUCGAGACGAGUGAGCCUGGCUACGACGAAGACUUGUUGCGCGUCUCCGGGGAGCGCACCAGUCCAUUUUUAAUCCAAGCCGAGAUUGUACCUGCGUGCGAUGCAUUGAUUUCAACAGUGAGUCGUUUCGGUGGAGCGGGAAAGGACUCGUAGCCUGAGCCAACACGGCUUGCUGCUCAGUGACCAUGAGAAUCUGUUCAUAAUUAACGAAACAAGGGUGAUUAGUUUUCUCGGGAGUGACAAAGCUGCUGCUGAACGGCUGAUGCGUCAGGAUCCAGUUUCUCCUUUAAAUGGCACCCGCGCACAGUCAAGUCAAACUUUAAUCGGCUCAGAUCCGACGAUUUGAUUGAUUUUUGCUUUUCCAUAAUCGACCCCUACUUGUCAUCGAAAUGUCUGAGCGUGAUGGGUAUGGAGACGGGCUGUGUAGCGACGGAGCGCCUGACUGCAUCCCACCGAGAGCGUCCCGCGGCCGGCGCAGCGGAGUCAUCCUUCCCGGUGGUGGCCAGGACACUGACACUAAUCUCCUGGAGUCGGUGAAGGCAGCCCCACGCCGGAGCAGUAUCAUUAAGGACCCAUCGGUGCAGAAGGUGAGUGGAAGCAGGAAGAAGACAGUGUCCUUCAGUAGCAUGCCCUCUGAGAAGAAGGUGAGCAGUGCAGCUGACUGCCUGGCCUUCAUGCAGGGUGGAUGUGAACUCAAGAAGAUCCGGCCCAACUCCAGGGUGUACUGCCGUUUCUACACCCUGGACCCAGACCUCAGCUGCUUGCGCUGGGAGCCGUCUAAGAAGGACGGGGACCGGGCUCGGCUGGAUGUCUCCAGCAUCCGGGAGGUUCGCACCGGGAAGAGCACCGAGACAUUCCUCCAUAAUGGACCUCUCUCUGAACACCUGGCUGAGGAAGCAGCCUUCUCUAUCAUACAUGGGGAUGACUACCAGUCUCUGGACCUGAUUGCAUUGUCCGCAGAUGUGGCCAACAUCUGGGUGACUGGUCUUCGCUACUUGUUGGCACCCCUCAGUGAUUGGUUUGCCCAGGUGGAUGAAGAUGGCUACGGCAUCGUGUCCGAGGACAUAGCAGUCGCCACCAUCUGUAAGCUGUGUCCCGGCAUCAAGGAAGCCAAGGUACGUCUGCGUUUUAAGGAGAUCCAGCGCAGCAAAGAGAAGCUGACCUCCCAUGUGACGCUUGAGGAGUUUCAGGAGGCCUACUGCGAACUCUGCACUCGCCCCGACGUCUACUUCUUACUGGUGCAACUGUCCAAGGACAGAGAGUGUUUGGACCCUCAGGACCUCCGCCUCUUCCUGGAGACGGAGCAGGGUUUAUCUUUGGCGACAACCGAGGGGUGCUGGGAGAUCCUCAGGCGCUACGAGCCCUCAGCCCAGGGCAGGGAGAGAGGGCUGCUGGGUCUGGACGGAUUCGCCCGCUACCUGCAGUCCCCCGAGUGCCAGCUGCUUGACCCUGAGCAUCUGGGGGUUUGUCAGGACAUGAAUAUGCCUCUGUCGCACUACUACAUCAGCACCUCGUACCGCUCCUACCUGCUGGAUGACCAGGUCCACGGCAGAGCAGACAUAGGAGGGCUGAUCAAGGCCCUGCAGUCCGGCUGUCGGUGCCUGGAGCUGGGUGUGACUGAUGGCCCAGAGGGGGAGCCUCUUCUUGGUGUCGACUAUGGUGCAGACAUCCCCCGCCACCAUCACCACCAUCAUCAGAACCAUGCACCUGUCACUAUCCGCUCUGCUCUGGAGGUAGUCAAUAAGUACGCCUUCCUCACGUCUCAGUAUCCUCUCUUGGUGUACCUGUGCCAGCGUUGCUCUCCUGCCCAGCAGCGCACCCUGGCACAGCACCUAAAGAAAGUGUUUGGCUCCUGUCUUUACACUUCAGAGGGCCUACCUGUCAGCCUGGGAGGGCGAGCCACCACCCUGCCCUCGCCAGAGCAGCUGAAGGGGCGCAUCCUUAUAGUAGCGAAGAGGCUCCCUCCAGAGCAGGAAGGCUCUGAUGGGGAGGUGUCUGAGGAGGAUGAGGAGAUCGGAGGAGGAGGGCCACUGGCAGGGCGACGAAUGACCAUCCCUGGUGAGGAAGAACUGGGUGUCGUCUUGGUGGUGCCUCCACCCUCUCAACCCAGGAAGCUGUGCCUCAGCAAAAAGCUGUCAGACCUGGUGGCGAUCGCUCGCACCGGCAGAUGCCCAAAGACCCUGUCACAAACAGGCUCACCACCUUACUGGACACUGUGUUCCCUGGGUGAGGGAGAGGCCGGGCGGCUGACCAGUGAGAGCCCAGAAGACCUGGUUAUGUUCACCAAGCGCACCCUAACCAGGGUACGACCCAGCUCAGUGCGUCUGGACUCCAGCAACCCUAAUCCACAAGGAUACUGGAAAGGAGGGGUCCAGCUCGUAGCCUUGAACCAGCAGACCCCCGGUGCCAUGCUGGACCUUCACCGCGGUCGCUUCUUACAGAAUGGAGGAUGUGGGUAUGUUCUGCGCCCUGCUGUAAUGACGGAUGAGGUGUCCUACUUCAGCGCCCACACGCAGGGAUGUGUGCCAGGAGUGCCACCCCAUACUCUACGGAUUAAGGUUAUCAGUGCCCAUAACCUGCCCAAACCUCAGGGGUCCGGGGCCAAAGGAGAGGUCAUUGACCCGUAUGUGGUUCUGGAGCUGCAUGGUGUGCCAGCGGACUGUGCUGAACAGAGGACGCGCACUGCUGCUCAGAACCAGGACGACCCGCUAUUUGAUGAGACCUUUGAGUUUCAAGUAAACAUGCCAGAGCUGGCCUUGCUGCGCUUCGUGGUAUUAGACGACGACUACAUUGGAGAUGACUUCAUCGGCCAGUACAGCGUGGCCUUUGAGUGCCUUCAGCCUGGCUACCGUAACGUACCCCUGCUGGGCCUGGCUGGAGAUCCCUUACCCCAUACCAGUCUGUUUGUACACGUGGCGGUCACCAACCGGCGAGGAGGUGGGAAGGCCCAGCGCCGAGGUCUGUCAGUGAGGAGGGUGGGAAGACGGGGCCGGGAGUACGUCACACUAAGACACACUGGCAUCAAGGUGGUGGAUGAGGCGUUCAAACUGGCAGGUGCCCCCAUCAAGGAGGCGACAGACCUGCGGGAGGAUGCUCAGAGCACCACCACCAGUUUCAUCGAACAGUGUGGGCUCCCCAUGGUGGCCAAACUGAAGCAGUGCAUCCAAAGCCUGGCCACCAGACUGCAGAGCCCAGAGGGCACUAUGGGGGCCACCAUGGUGCUGAAGGAGGGCUACCCAUGUCUGGAGCCCCUGGUCAACCUGUCAGAGCCGACACGCAAGCUGCUCAGCGCCUACGACACGAUGAUUGCUGCCCAGAAACAGCUCAUCGAGAACGCAGAUGCUGUUCAGGAGAGGAUCGCCCAGGUACAGAGAGAAGGCAUGGACUUUCAUGAGGAUCUUUCUCGACUGGGGGAGAAGGAGGGGCUGAAGGGACGCAAGCAAAGCAAAGCUGUGGAGAGUUUCACCUGGAACAUCACUGUCCUCAAGGGGCAGAGCGAUCUGUUACGGGGAGCCAAGGUGGAUUCCCUAGAUGCCCUGAGGCAGCUGGCUCUGGCCUGUGAGGCCUGUGGACUCACCUCCUCCUCUUCCCCGAACUCCUCAUCCUCCACCUUCUCCACAGCCGAGCUACAUUACUCCUCCCAACCCAUGUGUGGUCGCCGAAGCAGCACACAUGGCAAUGGACGCAUCUGACGUCCCCCGUAUGCUGCCAAAAAUGAAAAAGAAGUGGACAGAGACAGGAAACUGAAAAUAGAAUCCCCAGAGGAGAUGGAGUGUAUCCCUUUAUCCAAGAGUCUACAAUAGCCUAGAUAAGAGCAGUAUAUCUGUUAAAGCCUUACUGUAAACUCUUCAGUUUAUCACUGUAGGUCCAGCCUACAGAGUGCUUUUCAUGAAUGUCUUAACUCUGUGGUGGAAAAAUGAAGAACAGCACUCAGGUCUGGGAACUUUGUGACAGCUCCUGCUUAAUUUUCUGAGACACGACAUUGUAACUCGGCAGGUUUCUCUCAUUAGGGAGGAAAUCAUAGACACCUGAAUACUUUGUGACAAUGGAGCUGAUGUUUGUUGUUCUACUGCUGUUUCAUUUCAGAGGUACGGAGUGCAGAACAGAGCAGAUGUAGAGCUGAUGGGACAAACUGUUGCUCUGCCUCAGCAUUUCAGUUUGUCUCCUGGGAAGACAGCAAGACCUUGAUAGGUGUAUAAUGUUGCAAAUGGUGGAAAGGAAAAGGUGCCACAGUAUAGGAGAUGAACUUGCAUAAUGUGAUACACAGGUUGAAAUAACUAAUUCCAGUAGCCUAGAUCAUUAGUGUAAUUAUACUUUUAGUAGUAGUUCUCCUACUCUUGCUUUUAGAUAUAACUGCAGUUAAACCAGAUGAAAUUUUGCUGUAGUUAAAAAAAAAAAGUCAUCCUGCACCUAAAGGAGCAAACAAAGGUUUUAAUUGGCUUACGGUAGGAGGAUGACUUGGCUUAAGACAGCUUACAGUAAAUAAUACAGUACUGACAGUUCUGGACAUCAACAUGAAGCCUUUUCUAUACCUGACUGAACACACCUCUCACUGUCUUUGGUCUUUAUACCUGAAAAACGUGUCGGCUGUUCUGACAAAUUUCAAAAAUAGUUUCUGCAUUAAUCUGAAAAAUAUUACUAAGGUCUUGCAACUCUGAACAUGCACAUGUCUUCAGCUAAGUGAAGCAGAAGUGAACACACGGGUUCUUGUUAUCUCCUCUUUGAUAACCUCUGUCAUAUUCACCUGGAGAGGGGGCAGCUGAAACACGAGGAGAGACGUGUGGCGUGUGUUGAUACUGUAACUAGUACUGCAUGUCCGUAGUACAUGUGUGGAUCACAUAAUGGAGGCUCAGAGUUUGUACAUGUGUGUAUUUGUGUGUAGGAAGAGCAGAGUCUUGCAGCGUCGUUCAAGUACACUGUAUUGAAGUAGCAAUAAUUACAGUUACAAGAAAGUCAGCGAGGCUGUAUAACUUAAUGUGUAUUGACUGAAUGACUGAAAACAAUAUAACUAACAGUAUAACUCAAUGAAGCUUAUAAAUGU